AUGAAGCAUCUACAUUAGCUGAUGUUAUCAAACGGCCGACUGAUUCGUCUAUGCCUACAGCAGCAACACCAACCACAACAACAAUAUCAACAACUAGAAAGAAUUAUUAUUCAACAACUGUCGAUUCCGACGAUUUAUUUGAUACAAGUUUAGAUACUACUGUAAAUCCUAAUAUAAGUAGUAGUAAUCAUAAUGAAAAUAACAACAAUAUGAAUCCUGUGAUGAAUAAUCGACCACUUUCAGCUAUUGGUAGUCGACGUCAUCAUUCCAUAUCUGAUAGUUCUGCAAACAAUAAUUCUACAAGUAUUGGAAGUACCAACAAUACUACUACCGCAACAACUACUACAAAUACUACUUGUCAUUCGAAUGUCAAGUUGAAUACAGUAACAUCGAAUGAGUUAAUUGGUAAAUCGAGAAUGUCUCAUUGGCAAAAUAAUAGUAACAAUACUACUAAUAAUAAUACUUAUAGUAAUAUUGAAAUGAAAAUGAAAAAGGUUAUCAAUACUAAAGGAAAUAUAUUUUUACAACGGAAUGAUUUCAAUGUAUUCACAAAUUUACCAACUUAUAAACAAAAUGCAUAUUUUAUUCAAAUGGAUGAUGACAGUUGUACUGGUAAUGAAGAUACACGUGCAUUUCUUUUAGCUCAACUAACCAACCAUCGAGUUUCCGAAGUAUACUGUCUAGCAUGUCAACAAAUCUUAUCCAUUUAUGAUCAUUUCCCUGUUAUUAAUGGUAUAUUCUUCAUCAGUCCAUUAUGUCAUCGUUCUAAUGAAGGUUAUCGUAAAGGUGGUGGUCUACGUAUUACAUGGCAUACAAAUGGUAUACAAAAUCAAUCUGUUCAACAACAUAUUCAUCGUACACACAAUACUACUAACAACUCGGAUAACAGUAGUAGUAAUAGUGGUAACAAUAUAAUUUCAUCCACUAAUGAUCAUCAGUCGAUCAAUCAAAUUGCUUUGAAAUUAUUAGCUCCAUUGAAAAUUAUCUCACCGCCUUCUGGUUGUCUUGGACCAAGACAACAGUUGAAUUCAACACAGCAUAAUCUAAUUAAUACUGGUGCAAUUGGCUGUGCAGGUUCAAAUCAAACUACUGGUAGUUGUAAUAGUA